AUGGCAGAAAACAGCAUGAAGAUAAGAGACAGCUUAGCCGAUCUAGAGAAGUAUCGCCUUCAGCUAGAACAAAACAUUGCAAAGCUUCAGGCCUCCCUCCGCCACUGGCAGACAUGGGAGAUCGAGUAUGAGGGUAUGAAAGAAGAAAUACUGGAGCUUGGCGAGGUUCAUUCAUGCUCUGAUCUGGAAAACAUUGGUGAUGCUCAGAAUGAAUUACUGACACCGAAAGAGAGAAAGCUGCUUCUGCUUGAUGACAGAGGCAAUGUUCGGGAAAGCCAGCAAGUGAUUGGGCUGCUCUCCAGGCGUAUCGACUAUGUACAACAGAACAUCAGAACCAUUUCCUCGCUUUUGAACACAGCACAAGAGAAGUAUGCAGCUACACAAGUCCUAAGCCAACCCGAAGUCCGGAAUGAAGAAGGUCUGCCUCUGACGGAGAUUCACGAGGAAUUAGAUGAGGAAGGCAAUGUCACAUCUUCUUCUAUAUCUGAGCCCGGUCAGGCAGCACCUCAACUCCUAGAAAGCCUCCGCAAAGCCGGUGUGAAGGAUCUUCCAUCAAACGCAGAGGAAGAAGGCCACUCCGUACAAAAUCCAGAAAACACCCAGCAAGCGCUUUCGGACAGUAAACCCAAGGCAGACUCCGCGGAACUCAGUCCAAACUUCAGGGGAGCUAAAGGGUCCGAUUCCUCGGAUGUUAAAGCAAGUGAAGGGGGAAAAACUCGCAAUCCCAGGAAAAGUGUCAGCUUCACUGCAGACACCAAGACAGAGAGCUUGCUUGAGCACAAAAGUAAGACCAAGAUUCCAACUGUGAAGUCCGUCGACCGAGUCAUCCCAGUGGACGGAUUCCCGGAAGAUGAGGCGCCCCGCCGACAACCAGUCAUUCCCGUGAACGAGUCCUCAGAAGAUGCGGCUCUCCGCCGGCAGAUGAUACAGUACAGCAUGUCAGAAGUCAACAACAUAGUAGCAGAAAUUAAUAUUGAUGAUGAGGCUAGCAAUGCCUCCUAUUCUGACACUGGUAGCGAAGAAAUCCCUGACGAUAGCAGCCUCGAUGAAGAUGAAGAUAAGUUCGGGAGGACCAAGCGGCGCGUGCUCAGUGAUGACUAUCUGGCCGAGAUGCGCGCAUUGGAGCAGCGAUUAGGUGCGAAAGCUAUCCAAAAUGUUGGUCCAAAUGCACCACUAGAGGCCUCAACAUUGGCAAGCGGUCAGGAGAAAGUAGAGCAACGGCCAACACAAUCCACAAGCAACGGUGUCAACAAAGCACUGAAGCCUCCUGCCAGCAAAGGCGUCCGCUUCGCCGAAGAGCUCGACAUCCAAUCCAGCCCGCCUCCACCCGCUAACGCUCCAUCACCCACAGCAUCCCAGUCUCCCACCCAACCCAAACCCAUCCACGCCAACACAGUCAUCGAGCGGCCUUACUCAGCCACCUCCACCACGCCCGCCGAACCCGACGAGUUCGACCCAGCCUUGCUCCAACAGGAAGUCAAAACCGAAUACCACAAGAUGCGCAACCGCAUGAUACAGCGCCAGGGCGGCUUCACGGCGCCCGAAGAUGGCGCAGAAGUCCCACUCACGGAGGCCGAGGGCGGGCCGAAGAAGAUGAGUAGGUUCAAAGCUGCGAGAUUGGGAAGAGGGCCGGCUUAG